CGUAUAGACAGAGAGAUAAUAUGUCUCCGGGCUUUGAAGAAAAUCCGAGAUCCUCUCAUGUUGCCUGGGUGUUGGAUUCAUAAAACAAAAUUAUUGGGGUCCACCCCCGCUGCCGCCGCCACAAUAUUAUCCAGUGUGGACGCAGUAUUAAAUGUACGAGGGUUGUUCAAGUCAAACCAGGACUUUCUGUCUCCUGAGCGUACAAAUGGCUGAGUGUACAAAUUUUCACACGCGACAGGCCUCCGCGUUCAUCACGUGGUGGCCCAAAGUUUGUGCAAAACAGAAGACACGUGCUGGACAAGAUGGCCGACAACGAGGUGAGCGCGCACAUCGAACAGCAAAUUGUCAUGAAGUUUCUCGUGAAUGAAGGCGUAAAGUCAUUUGAAAUUCACAGGAGACUUCAGACUCAGUAUGGCCAUGAUACACUUAGCCGCAGCAAAGCGUUUGAGUGGUGCAAACGGUUCCGAGACGGCCGUACAUCAGUGCAGGACGAUCCCGCCCGCGGCGGUUCAGAGCCCAGUGUCAGAGUUCCUGAGAACAUCCAACUUGUGAAGCGCCUGAUCCUCAAGGACCGACGGAUAACAUGUACGGAACUGGCUCGAAAGACGUACCUUUCUGUGGGAACGUUGAACACUAUCAUUCAUGAACACCUCCAGUUUCGGAAAGUUAGUGCCCGUUGGGUCCCGAGGCAGCUCUCGGUGUUUGACCGGCAGAGAAAACUGCAAAUCUCUCGAGAGCUAAGGUACUGUUUCGACACUGAAGGACAGCCGUUCCUUGAUCGGAUCAUCACGUGCGAUGAAACGUGGGUGCACCAUUUCACUCCUGAGUCUAAACGCGCAUCAAAACAGUGGAAGCAUCCGGGCUUGCCUGCUCCCAAGAAGUGCCAAAGCACCCUGUCUGCGGGUAAGGUCAUGGCCACGGUUUUCUGGGACAAGGCUGACGUUGUUCAUGUUGAUUUUCGGCCCAGUGGUACCACCAUCAAUAGUGCAUAUUACUGCAAGGUUCUCAGGGAUGUGCAUAAGGCGCUGAAGCAAAAGCGGCCGGGCUUCAUCACCAAAGGAGUCCUCCUCCUACAGGACAAUGCACGCCCGCAUACCGCGCACCUCACGUCCAGACUUCGCCCCCAGCGAUUUCCAUCUCUUCGUGGCACUGAAGGCGUUCCUCGGGGCCGCCACUUGAGCUGCGACGAUGAGGUCAAGAAUGCGGUCCGAUUAUGGCUGCUAUGCGCCGGUAAGGAUUUUUAUGCUGCUGGCAUACAAGCCCUCGUGAAACGCUGGGACAAGUGCAUUAGUGCAGCUGGAGAUUACGUUGAAAAAUAAAACUAAUUUCUCGCCUUUAAGUUCUUUUUACUUUUGCGAAAAACGAAAAGUCCCGGUUUGACUUGAACACCCCUCAUAUUAUUGAAUGCGAAUGUAGUAAUAAUAAUAAGUCAUCUUUCAGUCGUUGGUGCGGGGCUCCGUAAUUGAACAAUUGGUAAGCAAUGUGAUCAAUGUUGAUAUGAUCUUUUCUUUAAGGACUGGAUGUAGCGAAUAAUUUAUGUAUAUUCUUUACACGUACUGUCCUGUGUUUUGUUUCAUCUGUUUCAGGUCGUGAAGGUUUUUGACUGGGUUUUUCUCCUUCACCUGAUUAGCAUCAUAAUUGGCAGCACUAUUGGCUUUACAAUUCCCAGUACUAUUGGCAAUAUAAUUGGCUUUAAUAAAUAUAUUUCAACUUGUA